AUGUGCCCAGUGACCUCCAUGGCAGCCAGCCUUCAUCCACCCUGGGACCCACGGUGGCAGAGCUGGAAGGGAAUCAGCCCCGGGGUGACCUUUUCUCUGUGUCCUGCUCCAGACCUAUGGCAGAGGCGGCUGGCUCCAGAGACAAAGGGAAGGCCGGCUUCGUGGCUACAGCUAGUCCAGGCGCUCCUUCAGACCCCUGUGCGGGAGCUACGGCCGGCGUCACCUGCCUCAGCCCCUGCAGAGCCGGAGGACAUCCCAGCAGAGGCCUCAGCUCUGAGGCAAGGACCCAAGCUGGAGCCCCAGGAGCCCUCAGGCCUGGUGCGCAGAGCAACUGCCGUAAUGGUACCAGGCCUUGCAGAGCCAGAGCCAUGUCCAGACCCCAUGAGCCCCUGGGACAUCCCAGGAGUGGUCUCAGCCCCGGUGCCAGGCCCCGAGCUAGAGCCCCAUGAACCCCCGGGCCUGGGUCCCGUGGCACCUGCAGGAAUGGCACCGGGCCUGGCAGAGCCAGAGGCGGACCUGGAGCCCACCAGCGCCUGUGUCGCGAUCACCCGGGACGUGCCAAGGACGAAGGAGCGGACCAUCCUGCAGUUCCCCGCCCACCUGGUGGCCAAGCAGCUGACCCUGAUGUGUGCGGAGCUGUACAGCAGGAUUGAAUACGGCGAAUGCAAGGCCUACUUAGACAGCCAGCCACUGACGGAAGGCACUGAGCUCCUGGCCCCCAACGUGCAAAUGGUCAUCAGGCAAUUUGAUGCCAUGGUUAGCUUGGUCAUCUCCUCCUGCCUCGGGACCGUGACCAUGACGGCCCAGGACAGGGCCCAAGUGGUGCAGUUCUGGAUCCGGGUGGCUGAGGAGUGUCUGGCCCUCAAGAAUUUCGCUGCCCUCCAUGCCAUUCUCUUGGCCCUGCAGAGCCGUCCCAUAGGUCGUCUGGAGAGCACCUGGGGACGUGUUUCCUGGAAGAGCUCCCGGACCUACAAAAAACUUAAAAAGAGGGACGAGGAGGCUAACAGAGAGUGGUUCCUCAAGGUAAACGGAGGCCAGAGGUCUGGAAGGGAGGGGUCCUCGGGGCAAGUCCUCUGCCACGCUGUGGCACAGCUUUGGGGCAGACUUGAGGUGUGUGGGGUGAGAGGGGGAAGCUGACGGGGAAAGUAGGGUCCCCCAGGCCCCCGAGAGCCUCGUCUGUCUCCCUCCCUGGCUCCACUUGACUGGGGGCCUGGCAUCCAGUGAGAACCCAGAG